GUGACUGUCACGUCAGGGUGAAGUAUACUAUGGUGCCCUCAUCUUCCAGUCUUGUAGAGGCUCGGCUUCUUGCCUAACAGGGUGAUUUUCAUUACUCUAUAGCAGACGUCAAAAUGCUGAAUGGGCGACUCUUCCAUCUAACAAUAACAGCUGCAGCAUGUUUUACAACAUGUUCUUUAAUACCAACAUAUGCUGCACAAAGAGAUGACAAACAUGGUGGUAUUGCAAUGGGUGUCAGCAAAUACGGCUGUGAUGAUGGCAAGCAUGGCAUAAAAAUAGACUGGGAUGGAUCAAGUGUGGAAUAUCAUUGUCCUUUGCAAGAGCCUUUCCCUGUCUUUAAAGAGGUGCUUCCUGUUGAAUUUUGCAAAAAAAAGUUAGACAAGCCCUUACACAAAUGUCUUAAUGAAGAAAUAAUUUAUAUAGAACAUCCACCAACAGAUGGUCCUCAUCGCCCAUUGUGGCCAGUGUAUGGAGAGUACAGAUACCUCCCACCACAGAGAUGGGUCCACUCACUAGAGCAUGGGGCAGCAGUGUUUUUGUACCACCCAUGUGCAGAACCUGGUGUAAUUGAUCUGUUCAAAAGCAUUGCACGCUCGUGCCUGAGAAAACACAUCAUCACACCAUACAGAUUCCUUCCAGAGGAAAGGCCCUUUGCUGUAGUUACAUAUGGCUGCAAGCUGCUGAUGAGCUAUAUCAAUCAAGAUAUCAUUAUAGCUUUUAUUAAAGCCCAUGCUCCAAAUGCUCCAGAAUGGUUGGAAACUAGAGAUGGUCAUUUUAAUGAAGAAUUAACAGUUAAAGCAAAAAUUGUGUCUGAUCUGAAAGAUAGUAGGUUAUGCCCUUUUUGGGAUGAUAGAAAGGUGACAACAUCAAAUAUAUUAUGAAAAUCUCCAUAAAACAACAGAACAUGACCUUCUUUGAAUAAAUGGGCCGAAUUCUUGACCAACAAUCCAUUACAAACCUGACCCAUCUCAUCUCUUGCUUGGAGAAUUCUGAAAACUGGUUAAUAUGUUUUUUCACCCAGAAAAAAAAUUCCUUUUAAUUUGGAGCACAUAGUUUUGCUCUGCUCAUUUAAUAUAUUGAAUUAUAGUGGCAGCCUGGUGUAGGAGUGCUUGUUUGAAUGCACAAUUUUAUGAGCUUAGUAUAUUUCUUAAAGUAACGUGCAAGUUAUGAUAAGUGCGUGCCAACCCAAAGUUUCAGCGUGGACUUUGGUUUCUUCUCAGCUUAAGUUACGAAUGCUAUAUAGAGGCAGUCCUGUUAAACACUGUUAGACAAUCUCAAUAUCUUUAUGUCUUUUACCCAACAAUUAUUAUAGAUUGCGAUUUUUAAACGACUUUUUUCAUCAUCUGAGAGUAGUGCAAAUUGAAUCAUUCCCAUGACACUGUGAUUUGUUAAUUGGUUAUAUCUUUUGUUUUUAAGGCAUUUAGGGUUGCUUUUAAAUCAUUAAUUUUAUCAUUCAGUCUUUUAUCCCACCACAGCAAUAAUUCAGGUAUUUUAACUGUGCAAUGUUUUAAUUAUAAGGUUCACAUUAAGAGAUUUUUGAAAUGUAUAAUUUCUGCAUUUUAAU